AUGAGCGCUCCAGGCUCAUCAUCGGCCUCGUGUUCGGAUGACGAGAAUUCCCGAUGUCCCGAGGAAAGCACGAAACUCGGCAUUUGGGAGUGCGAGCCGAUCUACUACUCGUUGCCCGGUCGAAAUGACAAAUCGCGCCGGGGAAAGGCCUACCGAAGCACGGGCGGCGGCGAGUGGCGAUGCUUUGAGGCGCACGAUGGGACGGUGUAUCGAAAAGGGGACAUCGUCUACGUGGAGACGACCGCCGCCGAACCGUAUCUCAUCGGAUCGAUUCAACACUUCAAAACGACGAAACGCGACCAGCUGAGCGUAAAGUUGCACCGAUUUUAUCGCGCCGAUGAUGUGCCUGAGGAUUCUCUCUCGUUGAUUCUUCAAGAACGGGGCGAGCUCGAAUUAGAACAAGAGCAACAGGAUCAAUUGGAACAAGCUCAUCAACGAGAAGUUUUCUCGUCAGAGAACGCGCAAACCUACUCGAUCGCUGCUCUCAGAGGCAAGUGCAAAGUGUCAUUUGUGAGGGAUCUCCGAUCAUUGGGCGAUACCGAUUUGACACAAGAAUCCGUCUUUGCUUGUUGUUUAUCCUAUAAUCAAGAAUCAAGAAGACUGGCACCUGUGCAAGGCGAGAUCCGAGUCGGUGCAGCCUAUCAGGCAAAGCUACCGGCCGAGCCGACAUGCAGUUUGUCCGAGGAUCCUGAUCGAGAUGAGCUACUUUAUGUGCCCGGGCAAAUCGAAAAGGAACGAGAAACGCAUUAUGUGAAUCUGACAAGAACUUUCCGCCGCUUCACUCUGUACGCAUGCAAAAUGACUGAAACAGAGCACAGCGCUCGAGUCAGCGAUCGAUUAUUGGACGAUGCGAUUGUUGCUUUGCAUAGGAAUGGAUACGAUAUCAAGAAAGCUAUCAAUGAAAUGAAUGCAAAUGAUCAACUACUCUCUUCGGAUGUCUCAUACUUGACGCAAGAAGAUGUGAAGAAAUUCGGGAAAGGGAUUCGCACAUACGGGAAAAAUUUCGUGAAAAUCUCCCGAGAAUGUCUUCCAAUGUACAAAAGAGAUCAAUUGGUCAGUUUCUACUAUUUGUGGAAAAAGUCACAGGAUGCGACGAAACCGAAAGCCAUUGGCAGAAUGAGAAAUCAGACAGCGAUCACGAGGAAACCAAAGAACUCUUUGAAAACGUCUCGUCCUGGAUCGACAGAGUUGCACGAUUAUGCGAGUGCGAGCGAGAGUGAAGUGGAAACGGGAGAAAUUGAGGGACGACCAUUGAGAUAUGCUUGCCAUCAUUGUUAUGAAUCGAAAUCGCGCGAUUGGCAUCACGCCGGCAGAGAGAAUCUACUUUUAUGCACGAAUUGUCGGCUAUUCUAUAAGAAAUACGGACAAUUGAGACCUGUUGAGAGACCAGCCACAGUCCCUCCUGAGUUGUUCAAGAGUGGAGACGACGAGGAGGAAUCAGGCGUUCGAACGCGAGCUGGACGCAAAGAAAGACAGAGAACGCCGAGUAUGGGAGAUGAAAGAAGAAGCCCGUCACAGGCACAAUCAAUUCAUGAAUUCGAUCUCGAGAAGAAGCCACUCCAUCACAAAAAUGGGAAACGAAAGCGAAGUGCCGUGCCACAUGUGAAUGGGAAUUCGGCAAAAAAGAAACCAAAAGAAGAGGAUGAGGACGAGAAGAUGGAUAUCGAGAUGCAUGGAAUAUCGGUGAAAAAGGAGAUCAAAGACGAGCAUGAUGAGAAGCCAUCCCCUUCAUCGUCGACUCUUUCCUCUUGUUCUGCCACUCCAUCAUCAAGUUCUUCACUUCUUCAACCCCCAAAUGUCCCCUCUCCGUCAACUGCAGCCGUUGCCCCGAGAACGGGUGUUGAUGGCACUUCUGUGCCUGCCAUUUCACACAAAACUGAUUUGGAGCGAAAGUUGGCCUCAUCGCCAAAAUCGGGAACUCCAGUGAACAACGGACUUGAUGGAUAUUCGACAAUCAUAGCCGACGCAAAUCUCGGAGGAGAACCGAUUGAGCCAUACGUUGAAGAAGAGAAAGAAAUCCCGAUUAUAACAGAAGACAUUGUUCAUUCGUCGAAGAAUUGUGAAUUCAUUCUUGCUAUGAAAUGGAAAGAUGGACAACGAAGUGCGAGAACGGAUUUGAGAUUUAGAAAUAAGCCUGGAUCUGCUUGGGAUCAAGGAAAAAAAGAGAAAGCACGCGAAGAAAAGGAGAAGACCAAAUCACAUUCGAAUUCCGCUGGGCAACCGAAAAAGGAAUCGAACCCGAUCGCUCAACAACAAUCUUUCUCGGAACUCCUUGGAGGAGUGGCAAGAGUUGCGUCUGGAAUGGUACCCGUUUCAAUGCCUACUCAGAUGUCUGCUCAGAUGUCCGGUCUGCCGCCUGGGAUCGCAAAUUUACAAGCUGGUUUCCCACCUGGAUCUAUUCAUCCUCAUCUCUUACAACAAAUGGUUGCUCUUCAACAAGCCGCCGCUCUCGAACAACAGCAACAAGCCGCUGCACAAGCCGCUCAUCAACAAGCACAAGCACAAGCACAAGCCGCCGCUGUACAAGCCCAACAACAGGCUCAGCAACAACAUCAACAACAUCAACAACAUCAACAACAGCAGCAACAGCAGGUAAUGCAAGCGAGAAUCCAACAAGAGGCUCUUCGUUUUAUGCAAAUGGGUCGAGGAGGGCCACCAUUUGGUGGAAUGGCUCCACCACCUCCACCAACGUCUUCCGCACAAGGUGGUCAUCCCAUUGGAAUGCCCCAUUUCGAUAUGAAUGCUCUUGUCGCUGCCGCUGCUCAAGAUCCAGCCGCUAUGCAACGCUUGCAAAUGGAAAUAUUACUGCAACAACAAGCCCAGCACCAACAGCAGCAACAACAGGCUCAACAAAUGGCGGCCGCAUCGAUGGCAAUGGGUGUCCCGCCUGGGAUGGCUGUUACACCAGAAAUGCAAAUGAUGUUAAUGCAGGGAUUGAGGGGAUUUGAGGCAGCUGCACAGCAACAAGCCGCUCAACAACAAGCGGCUGCGUUGGCUGGAAUGGGAAUUCAUCCACAAAUGCUGGCAAUGGCUCAAUUGAAUGGAAUGGGCGGCCAUCAACUCCCGUCUUCCGAUAUGAUGCGUCGAUUGCAAGGCGAGGGUUUCCGACAA